AUGAGUACCAGUAAUCGAAUCACACCUAUCGAAUGGGAAGAACUCCCAGCACAAAAGAAUGUAGAUUUAGAAAACAAUUCAAUAGAAAUGCAAAAGGAGAGUGACUCAACAGAUGCAUGGCUUCCCAUAACUGAAUCAAGGGAGGGCAACGUAUGGUCGUGCAUAUUUCAUCUAGUAUCAUCUCGACUUGGCACGCAAGCUCUUUUCCUUCCUGUUGCAUUUGCCACUCUUGGAUGGGUAUGGGGAGUAAUAUAUUUGUCAUUAGGAUUUGUUUGGCAACUAUACACAGGAUGGCUUCUUGUUCAUCUUCAUGAAUCAUCAUCCGGUGUUCGCUACAGCCGAUUUCUCCAACUAGCAUCCACAGCGUUUGGUCCAAAACUCGCGAAAUGGUUGUGCACAUUUCCAGUGUUGUAUUUAUCAGGAGGAACAUGUACCAUAUUGGUUGUAACAGGCGGUUCAACAUUAAAACUUUUGUAUGAUGUGAUUUGUUCCCAGCUUUCUCAUUGUCCAAAAAACUUGGACACCAGCAUAUGGUUCUUAAUAUUUGUUCUUAUAGCAUCCCUACUUUCUCAACAUCCUAGCUUGAACUCGCUUAGAUGGGUAUCAUUUCUCGGAUCCAUUGUUUCGUUACUGAUUUUCGCCAUUCUGUGGAUUACAUCCAUUGCCAAAGGCAGUAUCAAAGAUGCAUCUUACAAUCCCACAUAUGAAGAUUUGGGAGAUAAAUUGACUAGUUUUAUCAGCACAAUUUUUGCAAUGGAAUUGAUUGCUCUUUCUUUUAGAGGUCAUAACCUAAUCCUUGAAAUUCAGGGGACGUUGCCUUCUAACUCCAAACAUCCAUCCCAUAUAACAAUGUGGAAAGCUUUACAAUUCUCUUACCUUUUGGUGGCAUUGUGUAUUUUCCCCCUAGCCAUUGCUGGAUAUUGGGCUUAUGGAGAUAAGGUAUGCAGCCAAAUAGAAGAAAUACCCACUUUUUGA